UCCAACCCCCGCCUUCACCGCCGCACGUAGUUGAGCCUGCCCAGUGCUUUACACCGCUGAAGCGUAAGGGUUCCGACCUAGUAGAGGAGCAUGGAGUAGCCUUGAGAGGAGCACUUGUAGUGGUGCCGAAGGGAGAAAAGAGGUACUCGGCAUGGGCACAUGAGGGGCAAACUGGGAAAUAAGGAAAGGGUAGGGCCAAAUGUCAGCUGAGAGCUAGAACCACGAGCUGGCACUCCGGCUCCUGCUGCCGUUGAACGAAAGGCCCCCGAAGGAGGCAACGAAGAACUGCACGGCCCAAUCUCCAAACCAACAAACGAAUCAAUGAAGCCGUCGACAGGAGAGCAAAGAAGAUCAGCGUUGGAAAGGGCCGUUCGAAGACGCAGGAGCGAAAGGACGGGAGUGGCGGUGAAGGUGGUGCCGUCUACCUACUGCAAUAAAUUCGAGUGGGCUAGCACUCAUACAUACUUUUCCUCCUCACUCCCUCUCACACACACAUCGUAUUAGUUUCUACGUCCAUGGUUUUCUAUGCCGGACAUGUAAGUACGGGGGUCGGGGCUCUAUUCUUCGUUCUCCUCUGGACCGUGUUGACGCUCCAUUCUGCUGUGGGGUCUUGUCUGUGCAAGGCUGCUCCCUCCCCUCACCCUCUUAUUGCUGGCCAACGCAUCGUACGUGCAGUAGGAAAUAGCAUUGUACGUCUGUGCUAGCUGCCUGGAUCGACUUCUCUUAGCUGGCGCCGUUACUGGUGAUCCUACCCGUUGUAGCGGCUAGCGCAGCCACCAAUCCAUCCCGACAUUUCGAACCACUAACAGCACAAGUACAGCUGAAUCAACAAUGGCAUCGAAAUUUAUACAGCCAAAACAGAUAUACAGCUAGCGACGAAUCAGCGGCCUUGAUCUAGCUAGGAGAGACUGGAAUAGCAAAAAGAACAAAAAGGAAACAGAGGCCGCAGAAGAGACGCCGAAUGACGGACGGCGAAUCCAGUGAGAAAGCACAAGUAGAAAUUGCUAAGAUUACUUCGACAUUUCAAGCUAGUAUUGGUUUUUUGAAAGAGUGCUGGCUAUACAUGACGACGCCUCAAUGCUACGAUGACAACUACGUUUGACGUUUAGUGACAGAGCGAGAAAUGCUUCAUUGCCAGCAGCUAUUCUAAUGUGCUGAGCGACGUGCGUUUGCUGUUGUGGCAAAGGCUAUCCCAGUGAAAGCAGGUGAAGCCAGGGGAUCUGUUUCGCCAUCAGUCCAUGCGUAUCCAAUGUUGGCGUUCGAAGAGGCCCAAGGCGCGCUGCCUUUUAAUAGGUAACGUCUGCGUGACUGUGUGGUUAACAGCGACGUGCUAUACGUUUCGGCUAGUUUUUUUUUCUCGUCUUGCCGGUAUUCGACGGUGUAGUGAGCAGCGGUAGGCUGGUUGAGGUUUCCGGCUUUUGGCAGAUAUGAGAUCUUUGCGUACAAUCGGCCUAAAUGCUAGCAGAUAAUAAUAUAGCCGCGGUGAUGCGCCCACAGAGUUGCGACACGUUUUUGACGACAACGUUUUUGUAAAGAAUAUUAGCCAUUUAGAUAUCGUGCAAGAAAAUAACCGGUUGAAGGGAAGCCUUGAGAAACGCAGUUUGUUAUAGCGUGGUCGACGUCACCUCUGUUUCUAUUUUGAGUAUUAUUAGGAGUCGCAGUUCUACGCGAGACGAAGCAGAAAUAUAUCUGGGUGAUUUUACUGUGAUCUCAGGGAGUGUAGAUAGAGUCUUUAAGUAAAUUGUCAUAUAGACGCAUCGUGCGUGACGUGCGACGCCCGGAAAAAAAGCUGCUUUACGCUUGCGGAUGAGGUGUGUGAUCCUAGCCGUCUUAUACGGCGCUUCAGUUUCGAAGCUUAUUACAGUCGCUGUAGUCACUACAGGAUAUAAAGUCAAGUGAUCGUCAAGUAGUCAUCCCCCCCUCACGUAUGCAAUGUGUCGCAGCGAAUUUGCGGGUGGACGAAAACACUUUAGAAGCCACUCAGGAGUGUGUACGAGGCAUUUGUGUUCCAUAAGAUUCUGCAAGUAAUUGACAGUGUGCCAGUUUGAUAAUCAGUAAGUGCUUAAACAAACGGGGAAAGAAAAACGUGAAACGUCCACCGUUAUAGAAAAACACUUCAAAAGCAGAUUCAAUCGCGGAUCUGCGAUUUAGACUGCCUGCGUACUCUGCUGUAAAAGCUGUAGGGACGGUCCCUCACUGCUCCUUCGGUGGGCUGUGGAAUGUCGACCAAAAAGUGCACACUUGGAGCGUCGGCGUGCACGUCGUGCUUACGUCGUAUAUGCUACUUUUCUUGUUGUUGUUCCAGGCAUCAGCAGCGUGAUAUAGUGCCCAGCUGGCACCGAGUCGCAUAGCCUCUUCGGCCUGCGCCCCUUACCGUCACCAUCACCAUCACCACCACCGCCUUCUGCGGCAUUUCUACUCGCGAAGCUAUCGCAACGGCAGAAUCAUCAUCAUCAUCAAGUUGUGUGUUGUUGUCAAGACGAGAAACAGAAAAAACAACGAAGACGGGGUUUUCUAUUGUUUAUUCGACCGUGUCGCUACCUCGCGUCCUGUGAUAUUUCAAUAGUGCGUCGCCUUUUCCAUCAUUCGUUAUAAGUGCACGACUCACCAUUGGCCCUUUUGCGAGUAAUGUGACGACCGCACAGCGGCGCCGCCAUUAUCAUCAUCGUCGUCGUCGUCAUCAUUACCCCUAUCACUACCAGGCGAAAAUAGGAAAUCGCUGAGGCCAUCUUUGCACACGCAGCUGCAAUAGCAGAAGAAAUCUAGCCACGAAUUGUAUAAUAUACGGUUACGAUAGCAAAUAUGUAUGCUUCAACAGCUCGGGGCCCAGCUUGAUUUGAAUCGUCGUGAAUUUUUUGCUGUUCCGUAGGUGAUACGUAGCUAAUCGGGAAUUGCGCUGAGGUAGUGGACUUAUUUCUUUGAAAUUGAAACUCGUUGCCGAUCAGCUGGUCCGCAACUGCUUACUUGUGUCGCCACUGGCGACUAGAAGACAGGCCAAAAAUGAUAGAAGCAUCCAUGAAAAAUCGCUGAAAACGACAACGACAUUCACAGUGGCUCUUUAAAGCCCUGUUCAUGCGUUGUUGGAUUUCUCGCUGAAGGUCCUAACAUUGCAGGCUCGCUGACCAGUUAGUUGCCCGUUCUAUCGCUGCCCCACGAUUCGGACAGCCAACGACUCCGAAUGCUUAAAUGAAUGAAAAUUGCAACUACGGCCGUUUCGAGUAACGUGUCAGGACAGGAGCAAAUAUAACGCGGACUGCUGUGGUUAUCAGCACGGUAUCGUUGGAGGAUAAGCAGUGAGGAAACUGCGGAAGCAACGAACACCUAUUUUUGUCCGAUGGGCGGGGAGCCUUUCGACAUCUAUGAAAAGGCAAGGCCAACAGUAAAAGCUAAGCCUUGGACCAGGGCCACGAAGCCAAAUAGAAGUGGCAAAAAAGACAGACUGUAAGAAGGCGGUAGGAGGACGUUCCACUCAACGGCAAGGAUAGAAAGAUUGAAAUUGGAUGGCACUAUGAGCGUCGAUGGCACCACCAACGCUGGAGCUGCCGAACGGAAAGCACUUGUUGCAGCUGCGGGCUGUCCUGGGAACGAGCUUCCAGGCCGUAGUCAGGGAUCACCUUUUCAAAACAGCCAAAAUCACCGAGCGAGUAUUUGUAGCACUCGCAGCGCUAAAAUGGCCACUAACGAUAACUGCAGCUCGUCGCGGACUGAUCUCCUUGACAAGAAGAUCCCACGUCCGCGAUCUCUCGUGUUGCACUCGUACUUUCGAAGUUCGUGCGCCUGGCGGGUGCGGAUUGCACUCGAAUCGAAAGGACUCAAAUAUACCUAUCGCGAGGUUAACAUUCGGGAAGACAUCCCUGAAGGCAAGCAACAACACACGGACGAGUUUCGUGCGCUAAAUCCUCUAUCCCAAGUACCCGUUUUACAGGUGUACGAAAGUGGAGAACUGGUUGCUAACCUAACACAGAGCAUGGCCAUCAUGGAAUACAUCGAUGAAAGCUUUUCAGGAGUUAACCUAUUACCUAAAGAUUUGCUGCAACGGGCUCAAUGCCGAGCGCUCUGUCAACUCAUCGUCAGCGGGAUUCAACCCAUUCAAAACUUAGGGACCUUAAACAAGCUGGAACCCGACCAACGUCAAGAGUGGGCUCGAUAUUUUAUUAAUAAGGGCUUUGAGGCACUCGAACGAAUGCUUUCGGAUCGGGUUUUUGUUACAGGCUGCUGCAUCAGCGAGCAGGUGACGUUGGCAGAUUUUUGCCUGGUACCUCAGGUGUAUAAUGCGCGCCGUUUCGGGGUCGAUAUGUCCCGUUUUCCGAAGAUCGUAGCCGUGGAUGCCCACCUAGCGACGCUGGAAGCGUUUAUACGCGCCCACCCAUCAAGGCAGCCAGACUGCCCAGAGUCCUUCAGAAAGGUCUAGCAGCUGUCUCUGAGCUUCAUCUGCUGGUCGUUGGCACCGGACGAUGCGUGGCCUCAUCAGGCACCGGGGGUUCUGUGCAAGCGCGCUAUACCCUGUCGUGUCUUCUCCGAUCUAGCGCCUAGUACGAGCCUGAAAUCGAACGCACGCUCCCCCGGUGGUGCGGUGUUACUUAAAGACGUCCGUCGCAACCGUUCCACGACAGAACGGCGGGCUUCGUCACGUUCCCAGCACAUGAAGACCCCGGCAUUAGCCAGUAGAAGCAGUGGAGCGAGCGCCAACGAAAUCAUCCAUGAGGAAGAAGAAGAGCAUCAUUGCAAUUAGCAAACGAGUUCCUGCCCGAUAUAAUUUUACCGGUCGAGCAAGCUGGCAACAAACAGGCCUUCCAAUAAACAAAAAUCAUUAGCCAUGCACAACAAAUCGUAUAUAAUUCGAGCGAUAAAACAUCUACUACGGACGCGAUGACCGCCGGUUCCAAUAUCCUGAUUAGCUACACAUCUAGUAGAUCUAUUCGCUAUCGUCUUGGCACAAUACCUAAUAACAGGUGUGGCCGUAUGCCGUCGUCAUUUAGCUCAAGGUGAAGCCACAGGAAGAGAGAAGAAAGAAACGUACAUUAGUUUAUCACAAAUACAGUAAGUAAAAGGGGGCAUCUGUGAGCUCGACACGGCGGAUCUACUCAAAUGUUAGCUUGCUCCGUGAAGAGACGAAUCCAAAAUGUAAACAUAGUGCUAAGCUAUGUCUAUGGAACGACUGCAACAAUAGCUGAAAUACUCUAAUUCAUAUCUAAGCUGAAUAGGUUUGUGAUGCCGACUAAGGACCUCAGGAUUAGCGAUUACAGUUCUGAUAUUAUGGGUUAUAAAUUGUGAUACGGAAGGACGCCGUGGUGAUGGCGUAAACGUGCGACGCAGGCGAUUUGAUCUAAUUCGCCAACCUCAAUUAUCUGGUCUGUGAUUUAACAUGCUCCUUGCAGUUGAACCUAUAGAAUUGUUUCUCGUGGUCGCUUGGCGUCCUAUUCCACGGCUGAUCAUCGCGUUCCUUGACGCUGACGCUCUCUAGCGACGAUAUGCUGCCAGCAGAUGAAGUUACGGAGACUUAUUAAAUUAUUAUAGUUACAAUGAUUACUUAUAAUAAAUACAAAAGGCUUAGUCACACAGCGUUUUCUAACCUCGAAGAACACAAAUAUGAAAAAGACGAUGAUAGCAAGGACAUAACAACUCGUGACGAUAAUAAUUGUCUUGAUAUAAGUUAUAUAAUUGCUAUAUAAUUAAAUAUACUUCCAGACAGGAGAGAGCGUAAGCGCGCUGUGUCGUGACGAAAAAUACCCUUUUUCCCAGUCAUGGUAGGCAGCCAAUGGCAAGAAGUAGGCGCAACGUAUUCCCUAGAUGUUGACGAAUUGCUCCAUUGGUAACAACAUGACUAACUGAUCAAUCACCGAUUGUAAAGCAGGAGCGCAGGUUAGGGAUACGGUCGUCUUAUCUUUGCAUGUAUUCGUUUUAUAAUGAAUAAAAAUGAGGAAAAACAGAAAAAGGAAUCACACGAGCAGUUUUAGCCUAGUCAUUCGGUGAAGCAAAUAUCUAUGCGACACUUGCGUAACAGUAUUACUCUAAGGGCAACUAUGGUGUGUGUGUGUGGGGGGGGGGGGGGUAAACGAUUUCACUAUGAUAAGAUUUUUUGGAGGAAGAUUUUUAUCGGCUGAUGGACUAUGUGAUCGCUUAUAUAUAAUAAUAUGUGAUGCGUCAGCACAGGCGAAAGACGAAGCUGAUUUCAUUGAUCGGACAAAAGCCUCGCCCGGCGAUGGAAGAACCUUGUGGCAAUUGGGGAUACCCCCGCGAUCCAUUCAAGUUGACAUUGCUUCAGCGUUAGAGCCUUUGUUGUUUUUGAGUCAGCGACUUCAACGAAUGAUCGGCAGAAAGCUGGCACGAGACGAGGGGUGCUGAUCCAGAAUGAUAGCUAGGGAACUGCUUAAACGAAUUAAUGAUAAUGGCGACGAGGCGCGAUGAUCAGUAAAAUGUACUGGAUGAUGAAGUUCGAUGCAGGUGGAAUGUAUGAAAUGAAUCGGAGAGUAUAGAUGGUAAAUCGUCUAUUGAUGAGGUAGUCGGAUGAUAUGCGAGUUGAUUGUACAAUCAAUUGCAAGCCACGACGGGGAUCUAUCUGUCAAACGUAGCAAGGAACUACUGUCUCACUGAUAGUUAUCGAAGCUCAGCAGAUCUUUUUGAUAGGACCGGAAGGCGAUAUUUAAUAGAAUAUAAAUUAGCUCAUAAUGUUGCAACGCAUCAGCAAAACAAUUUUCCCGAAGAGGAAUAACCGUCACAAAUUAUUAAUGACGCCCGGUUAUUAGACGCAUAGCUACUUGGUUACCAGUACCGUUAUGGACAGUGCAUGUUCAAUGCACGCUCUAUCUGGGCAUAUUUUUCAGUCUGAUUUUUUAGCCUUUACUGUAAUCGGUGAUAUCAGGAAAAGCACUAGGAAAAAUUCGGUUUAGAAAAAUGAAAAUCACUGACUAGUGCGCCUCGCGUCGAGGGCACCAGUUAACCAUUUCUAUAGAUGUAGAUGCACAGGUAGCACUAAAACGGAAUCACCACUUGAGACAGUAAACUUUUUUGUGUACCCGGUGAUUCUAGACAUUUUUUGUAGCGGGCCUUAGGCAUCUUCUAUAAUAUUACAGAGGGGGUAGGGAAGAAAGAGGAAACAUGCGAUUAAAAACUAAUCACGCUACUAAUGGCGACGAACAGAAUACCACAUCCCCGCUCUCACAGGAGCUUAAACACUACAUAGGAUCAAUACAAACAUCAGAACGGUAGUAGCAUCGAGAGUAGUAGCACAUCGAUACAUCGACAAAAGAAAGCCAAAGGAAAACAAAAAAUACUCUCCGCCAGCUAGAUGGCUGGCCACGGUAACGCUACGCUUCAAUAGAGCAGUUAAUACGGACGGGCCAAUUAUAUGACCUGUGGGUUUUGAUGCUACAGUUGUUGGACUGCACAGAUCUGCAUGCAAUCGUCUUAUAGUAUAUCAACGAGGGACUAUACAUGGAGGACUGUGGAAUUCUUGGUGAGGCCUGAUACAUGCUUUUCCGCUACGUAUGUAAGAAAUAAAGAUCUAUACACAUCUCAUAACAGCAGUAGUAUACAUGGUAUGAAUGUAGAGGAAGACGUAGUCAGGACAGAAGAAGAAGAAGGGAGAAGCAAUUUAAAUUCAUGAGGACACUUUUGUAUACCCCGAUUAGCGAACCUCCGGCCGAUUUUGUCUGCUUCGUUGUUGUUGGGCAGUUCUUAAUAACUAAGUUAUAAGCACUUAGUAUAGAGCGAGAGAUAUCAACAAUAAUUGUAUGGAUAUUACGGCAAUAUUAACUAUGUGCGACAGCACUGAGAGAUGGCAAUGUGAUUCAGCGAUAUUGAGGAACGAUAUUAAUCAGUCGAGUAAUGACCAUUGCAAGUUAGGUAGGCAGUUGGGUUGCCCCCGCACCGCUGUGAGAGAUUGCACGAGCAUAUACUGUUACCCCACAGAUUUACGUAUCGGUUAAUAUUACAGUUACAACUACAAAAUCAUCGAUUACAAAAGCAAAAACACGGCGCACAGGCACAAAAUGCGGCCGACGAUCGCCUAAGCGGAAAAAAAUACUAACAAUAACUUUUCGCCAAUUGGUUGAACAUUGCCUUUCAUUUUGUUCAAUAUUUAUCAACGAAUGGAAUAACAUUUUAAAUGAAGUCCGGCUUAUGUCCGACUGCAUCGUGAUCGGGCCGUUGCUGCUAGCGUGUUUUUCCGGCCUAGAAAAGGAUAAAAGAAAUAAACGUUGAUACCUUACACUUUCUUAAACAAAUACGUUCAUCUUAUCUAAUAAUCCUGAUUAUAUCAUAUUUUACACUUUAACGGCAAAACACAAUUACUCGAAACGGGAUCUCGUUUGUCACACACGCGCGAGUCGACGCCCAGUGGUUUAAUACAAAUGAACGUUUCAGUCUGACGCGUGCGGUUGAGAAG